CCCCAGACCGUGAAGUCUUCACUCCUCUCCAGCUCUCAGCUGUAAGGAAUCGCUUUUUGAGCUACUCUCCUCCAAACAGCUGGAGGCGAACAGAGGGAGCGUGGAGCGACUGUAAAAACACAUACCUUCUCCUGUGAUGUGAAAGCGCAGAUCAGAUCCAUCGCUGGUUCUUCUGUGUUCCCGAGCUAUGUAUGAAUGAGAAGCUGCUGCCUAUGCCAGUGUGAACGCCCUUUCCUUCCAAAACUCAGAGGAAAGUGUGUGCGUGAAUCCCGCGGGGUUUGUCGGCGCAGCUGAGCCACCGAUGACGCAGGAAUACAACCGAAAUUUCAAUUUCCGCGACAUUUAACGCACUCAAUAGACAUGGGUUAAGUUUCGGAACCGUGAAGACAGCCUAUUGAAGAGCAAGCGAGAGUGUGAAAGCGGAGCAGGAGAGGAGGGCUGGUGGGGGUUGCUCAAGGCGAGAGACACAGGGGGAAAGGACUAGGACAGCCAUUACCAUUCAGGAUCACGUUGCCUGCUUCUCUCCUCAGCCUCAUCCCCGGUUGGCUCGGUUUUGGAGGAAGCGUGGCAGCAGAAAUCCGACCACUGGGGCGGAAAACAUCCAGACUUUCAUCCAUCCAUCCAUCCAUCCAUCCACCCCCCUUUGAUCCGGAGUGGAGGGAGCAGCGGCGGAAGCACCCCCGGCCUCCCUCGCUCUGUGCUCGGAUUCCAGGACAGCUGCUACCCGGUGAAGCCCUAAACUGCGAUGGAGUCAUCGGAUGAUGACACUCUAAGUGAGCGCUCCUGCGUCAGCGAGCCGUCCUUCCGUAGUGAGCGUUCGGGGGGGUCGUUGUCCCCGUGUUCAUCAGGACAUGCGGGGCUGCCAGGAGACACUUUGCCAUGGAACCUGUCCAAACAUGAGAGGAGGAAGAGGAAGAGCCAGGACUCGGUGCUGGACCCGGCAGAGAGAGCCGUGGUCCGUGUCGCAGAUGAGCGGGACAGGGUGCAGAAGAAAACCUUCACAAAAUGGGUCAACAAGCAUCUCAUCAAGGUGAGGAAGCACAUCUCAGACUUGUAUGAAGACCUGAGGGAUGGACACAACCUAAUAUCUUUGUUGGAGGUCCUCUCUGGAGUCACCCUGCCCAGAGAAAAGGGGCGAAUGAGAUUUCAUCGACUACAGAAUGUCCAAAUAGCACUGGACUUCCUCAAACAGAGACAGGUCAAACUUGUGAACAUCAGGAACGAUGACAUCACCGAUGGGAACCCCAAACUGACGCUAGGUCUCAUCUGGACCAUCAUCCUUCACUUCCAGAUUUCAGAAAUCUAUGUGAGCGGUGAGUCAGGUGACCUCACAGCCAAAGAGAAGCUGUUGUUAUGGAGCCAGCAGGCGACAGACGGCUACCCCGGCCUCCGCUGUGUCAACUUCACCUCAUCAUGGAGCGACGGGCGCAUGUUCCUAGCUCUGCUGCACAGAUUCAGGCCAGACCUGAUCAACAUGGAAGUGGUGUCGCAGCAGAGUAACCGUGAGAACCUGGAGCAGGCCUUCGAGAUUGCCGAGUCGUUAGGGGUGACCAGACUGCUGGACGCCGAGGAUGUUGAUGUUCCAUCUCCAGAUGAGAAGUCGGUCAUCACCUAUGUCUCCUCCAUCUAUGAUGCCUUCCCCAAGAUCCCCGAGGGUGGAGAGGGCAUCCUCGCACAUGAGGUGGAGCAGCGCUGGUCAGAGUACCAGUCCCGGUUCUCCUCUCUGCUCCAGUGGAGCCGCCAGCAUACGGCCCUCAUGGCCAACAAGAACUUCCCACAAAACCCUGUAGAACUCAAGGCACUUUACAACGAGUACGUCCAUUUCAAAGAGACGGAGAUCCCUGUGAAGGAGAUGGAGAAAGGUCACAUCGAGCACCUCUACAAGCUGCUGGAGGUGUGGUUCGAGUUUGGUCGUAUUAAGCUUCCUCCGGGCCUCCAUCCUAAUGACCUGGAGGAGGAAUGGGGCAAACUUAUCCUGGAGAUGCUGGAGAGAGAGAAGGCCCUGCGGCCAGCCGUGGAGCGGUUAGAGCUGCUGCUUCAGAGAGCCAACAAGAUCCAGAACAUGGCACUGGACUGUGAGGAGAAGCUCACCCUCGCUAAGAACACACUCCAGGCUGACAUGUCUCGAGUGGAGAGUGGCGAGGCGGUGCAGUGUGAGAGAGAGCUGGCCUGCUACCUGCAAGACUGUGAGGCUCUGAUCGGGCAACUUAACCAGGAGCUCAAAGUCCUCAGAGAUGAGAAGUACUACCAGGUGGAGCAGCUGGCGUUCAGAGCAUCCUUCCUUCAAGAGGAGCUGGUCUCCCUCAGGCUGCAGUGCUCCAGUGUCUACAGGAAAGGACAUUUCUCUCCAUCCCUGGCCCCUGACAGCGGCUUGUCACUGGGACCGACACUGCUGGGAGCUGAGGGGGUUGUGGGAGCCGCGCUUCUGCGGCGACCAAUGGCCCGCUCCCAGCUAGUGGCCAUGUCUUCAUCAGAGGAUGAAGGAAGCCUGAGGUUCAUCUAUGAGCUGCUCGGAUGGGUGGAGGAGACACAGGAUCUUUUAGAGCGAGCUGAAUGGGGGGCUGACCUACCCUCUGUGGAAAACAACCUUCAAGAGCACAACAAUAUACACACCGCAGUCGAAGAACUAAUGAGCGGCCUGCAGGAGGCACACAGCUACGAGGCUAAAGUCUCUCCCAACUUCAAGAGCAGUUACUCUGAAACCCUGGCCAAGCUGGAGCACCAGUACUGCAAACUGCUGGAACAUUCGUCAUGGCGCCUGCGGAGCUUGGAGAGCCUGCAUGCGUUUGUGUUGCACUGCACUGAGGAGCUGAUCUGGCUCAACGAGAGGGAGGAGGAGGAAAUUGCGUACGACUGGAGUGACAACAACACCAACAUGAAUGCCAAGAGAGAAUUAUUCAGCGAAAUGAGGUUAGAGCUGGAUGAAAAACGAGAUGUGAUGCGGUCACUCCAGGAAACGGCCAACCGUCUGUGCCAGGAGAACCAUCCUGCCAAACAGACCGUGGAGGCGUACAGUGCAGCCCUGCAGACUCAGGGCCAGUGGGUGGACCAGCUGUGUGUGUGUGUAGAGCAACAUCUCAAAGACAACACUGCGUACUUCCAGUUCAUGAGUGAUGCUCGGGACUGCGAAUCAUACCUGCGCCAGCUCCAGGAGACCAUUAAGAGACAGUACACCUGUGACAAGAACAGCAGACUGAGCAAACUGGAAGACCUGCUGCAGGAUUCCAUGGAGGAGAAGGAGCAGUUGAUUGAGUACCGGAGUACUGUGGCAAGUCUAGUGGGCCGGGCCAAGACAGUGGUGCAGCUCCGCCCCCACAGUGCAGAGAGCACCCUGGGAGCUGCGACACCCAUCAAAGCCAUCUGUGACUACAGACAAAUAGAGAUCACAAUAAGCCAAGGAGAAGAGUGUGUGCUGGAGGACAACUCUCAGAGGACCAAGUGGAAGGUGAUCAGUCCCACAGGGAACGAGGCCAUGGUCCCCUCAGUGUGUUUCACCAUCCCGCCUCCGAACCAGGAGGCCAUCGACAUAGCCAGCAGGACAGAGCAGCUGUACCAGAAGGUCAUGUCUCUGUGGCAUCAGCUCCAUGUGAACAUGAAGAGUGUGGUGUCUUGGCACUACCUGCUCAAAGACAUCAGAACUGUCUCCGGAUGGAACCUGGACACGGUUCGAUGUCAGUCUCCGUCAGAGCGGCAGCAGGUCCUGGAUCACUUGGAGUCCCUGUUGUCCGAUUUCCUGUCUGACAGCAAAGAGAGCUCUCUGUUCACGCCAGCUGAAAGACGAGAGCUGGAGAAGGAUGUUCAGGAGGCCCAGCAGCACUGCCAGGACCUGCUGCUCAACAUGGAAACCGUGGAAAAGGACGAGUCCGUCUCUCGAUCGUACCUGUCAGAGCUGCAGAACAUUACCCUUCGGCUAAAGGAGGCUGAGCAGAGACUGAUGAGGGGGAUUCAGAGCCCACCCCCUAGGCGGUUGUCAGCAGACGUCGCUGACAACAUGGUCCAGAUUGCAGAGCAAGAGAAGCUGCGGUCAGAGUUGGAUGUCCUGCGCUCCAGUCUGGGCGACGUGUCCCGCCGCUGCGUCAGUUUCUUCGAGGAGAAGCCAACGUCCUCUGGUGUUCCCGUUCUCCGGUCUGAACUCAGUCAGGCUGUGGAGAAGAUGGACAAACUGCACAACCUUUCGUCAGCCUAUCUAGAAAAGUUAAAGACAGUAGACAUCCUGAUUCACAGCCUGGAUGAAGCAGAGAGCCAGGUCAGGAAGUACGAGAGCAGACUAAGUGAAGAAGACACUGUUCCCACAGCAGCCAUUCAGAACCUCAGGGAACAGCUCAGGAAGUGGCAGGAUGAACUUGACGAGCACGAGAGCACCUUCCAGUCUUUGCAGUCGGAGGUACAGUGUGCCCAAGAGGCAGGGUCUCAGCUCAGCAAACUCCACCCUGACCGCAGCCCCGAGCUGGAGCUCUACCAGGAGCGAGCCAAUCAGAUGACAGAGAGGUGGAGCAGUGUCAAGAGACAAAUGGAGACACGACAAAUAGACCUGGAGGCUCUGGGUUCGGCCCUGCAGCAGUACAGAGACGGCCACUCUGCUCUGAUCAAGUGGAUCGAAGAGACGACAGAGAGACAAGAAAACGCACAACCUGGACAGACAGACAGUAAAGCGCUGUCUGAACAACUGGCCCAGCAGACGGCAUUAGUAGCUGAGAUUGAACAGAACCAGACCAAAGUAGAUGAGUGCCAGACUCACUCCAAACAGUACUGCACCUCGGUGAAGGACUAUGAACUACAGCUGAUGACAUACAGAGCCUUCGUAGAAUCUACGCACAAGUCACCUGUCAAGAGGAGGAGGAUGCACUCUUCCUCUGACGCCAUCACUCAGGAGUUCAUGGACCUGCGCACGCGCUACACAGCCUUAGUCACCUUGACAACCCAGCAUGUAAAAUACAUCAGUGAUGCACUGAGAAGACUCGAAGAAGAAGAGAAAGAGCUGGAGGAGGAGAAGCAGGCAAGGGUCGGCCAGGUUUCAGAUCUGCUGGGCUGGGUCAAAGGCCUCCAGGGUCGGACUGGUGGACCAAGCGCUGAGUCUUCACUUGCUGCUCAACAGGCAAUCAGUGAACAGCUAGCAGCCAAGAAAGAUGACGUGGCUGAAGCCAUAAGGAGCACACAGGUCUUCCUGCUGUCUAAAAAGGCCAGCAAGCUGUCCCCAGAGGAGCGGGCCCAUGUGGAGGCUCAGCUGGAUGAGCUAACAACCACCUACAACCAGCUGUGUGACAGUUCCACCCAGCAGCUGCAGCAGCUGGAGCAACAACUGGCCAAAGAGGAGGAAAGAAAGAACCAACUUGUCAUUGGUGGAGUAAUCGACCUGGGAACAGUGGAAACAUUUCCAGUGUUCCAAGCAGCCCAGCGUGGUCUUAUUGAUCAGGACACCUGCCAUGUCCUACUGGAGGCCCAGCUGAUUAUGGGUGGACUUGCCAAGCCUGACUCCCCUCUCAGUCUUUCACUGGAACAUGGUCUAGCUCAAGGCCUAAUUGACACCCAUGCCAGACAGUCCCUUUCUGAGCUAGAGAGUGCCUUACUUUUGAUGGAAAAUGCUAAGUCUGCAGGUGACCAACAGCGAAAUGUGUUGCCAGUAGCUAUGGCCAUGGAGACUGGACUACUCAGAGAGGAGGUGGGACUUCGUAUUCUGGAACUCCAGAUUAACACUGGAGGCCUGAGAGAUUCAACAGGAAGAAUGAUGAGUUUGGAGCAAGCAGAAGACAUGGGACUUUUGAAUCCCAGAACCAUCACCAAACUCCAUUCAAGGCUACAACAGAGAGAGCUGAUUGAUCCAAACACAGCAGAAAAAUUAAACUUACAUGAGUUCCAACAGCGCUGUGUCCUUGACAAUGACUCAGGUCUCCUUCUCUUCCCUGUCAAACAGCAACCAGGAGGGACAGUCUGCCUCCGCUCCGGAAGAAAAGUCGGCAUCUUCCGUGCAGUUCAAGAAGGUUUAAUUGAUCGAAAAGUUACUGUACGACUUCUUGAGGCUCAGCUGUUUGCCGGUGGUAUCGCUGACCCACGCUCUGGCCACCGGGUGACAGUUGAUGAGGCUGUUCGUCACGGGCUUAUGGAUCAAGAUUUAGCAUGUGCCAUUUUAGGACGACAGCUGCAAAAUGGUGGAAUUCUAGAUCCUUACAGCGGGGAACGCCUGGAAUUGGAAGAGAGUAUUCACAGAGACCUUCUCUCUUCUCGUUUGGCUCUGUUAGUCCUUGAGUCUCUUUGGGCUUUCAUGGGACUGCUUUGGCCUGAAUCUGGGGAACUUAUGCCUAUUGCUGAGGCUCUUCAACAAGGACUGAUCUCAGGGGAGCUAGCAAGAAAGAUCCUAGCACAGCGUCAUGCCAUUGGGGGUCUGUACAACCCAGAAACCCUUCAGGUGCUACCCCUGAACCAGGCCGCUAAAGAGGCCCUUGGGCCCAGUGUAGUCCAUUUUCUCAAAGACACUCGCAUCCCAGAUGCUCUCCUCAACAUGAAUCAGUGUGGUACCCCAUCCCUAAACCGCUUGAGCUUGGGUUCCACCAGCUCUUCUACACCUCCAUCCUCCCCUCUCCCUUCAUCAUGUGCUGGGAGCCAUGUUUGGGAUGUUACACCAACACAUGGAAUGAAUCUUGAAGAACAAUCAAAACACAAGCUGUUAUUUCACCUCAUGAUUCAUAGCUAUGUGGAUGCUCAUUCUGGGAAGCGGCUGUUGCUGCUAGACCCUGAGCUAGUGGAGUUAGUCAGAGCUACUGAACUGGUUGCUGGAGAUGCUGUACAUGAAAGUCAAGUUGAGCCUCUAAGCAGUUUGGUGACAGAGAAGCAGGACCAGUUUCAAAUGGUGAGAGAGUUUAGUUUGCCAGAUAAAGGAGUGAGUGACAGACAAAUUGAAACUGAAGAAAGUUCCACUGUAGUCACACAAAGCAAGUAUUUUGGGAUUGAUGGUUCAGGCAUGCUAGAAGAAUUGUAUGAUGAAGGAAGUGACAAAUUGCUAAAGAAACCAUCGGUAAUUGUAGAGAGUGGUUUGGCCUUUGUGACUAAAGAUGAAAUCAGUUUGGUUAAAGAUGCAACAGUAAAAGCCAAAGAGAAAGAAAUACCCAAGUUUGAAGGUUUAAUGACUUCAGCCAAAGACCAGGCAGAGCUGGUAGCAACUGAAUCCAAACCCAGGGAUAGUGGUGGUCAGGAGACUAGAAGUGCAACCACAACAGUAGAUAGGAAAACAGUCACAUCACCACUCAAAGCAGAAAAAGUUAUUGAAGGGCUGAUAUUGAAAGAGCCCAUCCUUCUGGGAGCAAAAACUAAUGAAGAUGUUAAUUUAACAGAAUCGGAACAUAGGAAAGAUAUAAAUAAUUUCCAGACUGAAUCAGAAAGGAUCAAACAAAAGGUUCCUGUGACUGAGACUGACUCACAGAUUGCUAAACCUUAUGCUGAUAUUCUUGAAUCAGCAGUUGAAAAGGAAGAGGAGGAAGCUGAAAUGACAAAGUUAGUCCUAGAGCUCAAACAGGGAGGUUUGAUGACAGCAGAUGGAGAAAAGCUCCUUCCAGAUGAGGCAGUAGCUCAGGGUGUCCUCCCUGGCCACACUGCAGUUAAAUUAAUGGCAAGGGCAGGUCUGUUUGGGGGUUUCCUAGAUGCCAAAAGUGGCAAUUCUCUUAGCAUGGAUGAUGUUAUGCAGGAGGGUUUAUUAGAUGAAGAUUUGAUGUGGAGUGUUCUCAAGUCAGAUAAAACCCUUGCAGGGGUUGUGGAUGUAGACAAAAGGCAGAUCUGUGGGGUAAGGGAGGCGGCUGAGGCAGGGCUGAUUGACUCCAACACAGCUGUUCGACUUAUAGAAGCCCAGGUGGUCUCUGGGGGCAUCAUUGACCUACGCAGAGAUAAAAAAGUCUCUGUCACUUUAGCAGCAAACCUGGGACUCAUUGAGGAGGGACAAAGAGAAGAACUGGUGUUUUUAGAGAAGGCAUACAAAGGUAAAGUUACAGAUUUAUCAACAGCUCUCACAAAAGCAAGCUUACAGCUACAGAUGGAAGGUGUUAUUGACCCGGAGACUAAGUCUCCAGUUCCUCUGGAGCAAGCAAUUCAGAAAGGCUUAAUUAGGUCAGAGGACGCUUAUCAGGUUUUGGCAAGGCAGGUGGCUGAGGGUGGUAUAAUACAUCAUGCUUCAGGAAUGAGGCUUUCAGUCUCUGAUGCUGUAGAUAGAGGACUAGUGGAUCGGUCCAUUGCUCCGGGGCUGGAGGAACUAGAGUGGGUCACCCAAAGAAAAGUCAGCCCUUCAUCUCACCCAGAAGCUGUUGCUUUGCAAGCAUCAACAGGAGCUAUUUUAGACCCUGAGUCUGGAUGUAAACUGACAUUGACAGAGGCUGUUUCUAGGGGUCUCCUGGAUGAGAACAUUGCGAAAGAAGCCAUGGCUUCUCCCACAGUAACACAAGGACCACUUGAUCCCCAGACUGCACGCAUUGUGCCAUAUUCAGAACUUGUGAACCAGGGUAAGAUAGAUAUUGAAACAGGUAAACGAUUCUUGGAGGUGAGGCCAUUCAGAGGUAUUCAGAAUGAGCACACAAGAGACCAUUUGACCCUUUUGGAGGCAGUUGAAUCAAAGCAAGUUGACCCAGUUCCAGCACUGAGACUGCUCCAAAGCCAGGCAGAUAGUGGAGGGAUCAUUGAUAUCAAUAUUGGAGAAAGACUCUCCCUGUCUGAAGCCUCUAAAAGAGGUUUAGUUGGAGAUGAUAUGAUCAAGGUAAUAGCCACCAACCAGAUUUUAAAAGGAGGCUCAGUUGAUCCUGCCACUGGACAACAAGUCUCUAAUCUCAGUGAUGCUGUUGCAGUUGGACUGAUACCCAGUGACACCGCUGCCGAGAUUCAGGAGAAAGUGGCCUCUGUGGUGAUAGAAAGUGAUGAGGGUAGUUCUACACCUGUUGCCUCAUCAGAUGGUACAUACAGCCCUGCUGUUAAAUUGUCAGUGUUGAGCCCAGACAGUCCAGCAAACUGGUUAGAUAUAAACACUGAUGUAGUGCCAGGAUCUCCACUUUCAAAACAAAUAUUAGAAGUUGCACAGGAUGAUGAAAAGCCAUUAAUAUCUGUAGUGCCUGAUCAGUCACUGAUUUAUGAUGCUACUGCAGAAGAGAAGAAAGUAAAAGUACCACUGUCAGCAGGAGAAGAGUCUUUAAUUGAGCCAGAUCAGUCCAUAGACCUCUUGUGUAAUUUUGUAGCUAAUGUUGAGAAAAGAGUUCAGAAAGCCAUGGACGAGAGAGUACCAAGGGAAGACACCAGCCAAUCGGAGAAUCUUCCCAAACAGGAGCCUUGUGAGAGUACUAGUAAUGAUGAACAGCAAGAGGGCAUUUUCAGUGAUUAUGUUGGAGAAUCCCUGCAGUUGCAUGCCAGUGGUCUUGACAGAGAUUCACAGGAAGAGGUUAGAGAAGGGGCUGCGGUUUUGGAGUCAGAUGGGGAACCUGUGAAGGUUGUGGGAAGGGAGUCCAGACCCAGUGAUGGGUCACUGGUUGAUGUUCCCCAAGUUGAAAAUCUGACAGACUUUGUGGCAGCAGAGAUUAGAGAUGACAGAGAAAACAAAGGCAGCACUGAAUUGUCAAAGCUGAACGAAGAGAAAUUUAGAAAGAAUGCUGAAGCAAUACAGAGGGUUGAUGGUUUAGAUAGUAAAGAAGUGGAGAAAGAGGAAGCUUUACCGAUUGAGAUAAGAUCUAUCACUGACAAGAGGUCAGAGCAGGUACUGACUGCUCUAUCUACAGAGAUAGAAAGCAAAAGUAAGAAAAAGAGGAGGAAUAAAAAGAAAGGAAAGGGUAAAGAAGCAGAGAGUGAAGUACAACCUCCAUCUGAAAUUGAGCAAGCUGAUGCAAAACAUAAAGGGCAGACCGUUACAGAAGCAGUCACAGAUGAGUUAGCAUCACAAUACAAAAUUCAUGGUGAGAUAGCUUCCCUAAGCCCUCCCAGUGGAAAAAUUAAACCAAAGACUGAUUGGAAAAUUAAAGAAGAACAUGUUUUAGUAAAACAGGGACAGGAGGUAGUUCCAGACACUGUAAAAUUUACUGAACAUGCUACUGAGCCAGAGAAAGAUGCAGUACAAAUUGUGUUACUGAAGGAUAUAGAAAAGGGUGAUAAGAGAGGGGAGAUGGAGAAAAGGGAAAGCGAAGAGAAGGCUUCUGUCUCUCAGCAACCAGAACAACCUGAGCGCAGUCCGGAGGUAAAAACAAGGAAAAAUCAAGAACUGCCAAAGAAAUCAGCUUUACCAGAUGAUGAGAAAGCAGCCUUGAUACUGAAAGCCAAAGAGAGCAUUCUUAAAAAGGUGUUUGAAAAAGGAGUGAGCGAGAAGCAGGCUGCUGAGGAGCUGCUGGCAUUCCGCAAGGAGGUAGGAAAGAAGGGGAAUCAAGACACACCUGUUAGUUCGGUAAAGGUACAAACUGUGCCAGCUGUGGUUGAUGGAGUGGAGAGUCAUGUUGUCAGAGAUGUAAGGGUCAAGAGACUGAACGGUUCGCCAGGACAGAGUGAGGAAAAGUUGGGUAUCAAACAAGACAAAAUGAAAUUGACAAAUGGCAAAGAAGGUAUUACUGUUGAGAAACUUUCUAUCAAGGAGGAAAAUGAGACCAAUGUAUUGGAAGCUUCUUCAAGUGAGCAAGAAAAGAACAGGAAUUUUGGAAAGGAAGGCAUACAAGAAGCUCCAGAGACAGCUUCACCGGUCCAACCUAAAGAAACCCAGCAAAGUAAGCGAAGUAAGAGGAGUAAGAAGUUCAAGAGUUCAGAAGUGAUGGACAAAGCUGAGCCUCAUACUGGGAUGGUACAGACUGAUAAAGUUGAUUCUGAGGUGACAAUGACAGAAGCUAACACAAAAUCUACAAUGACAAAACCACUGCCAGAUUUAGAUAGCUCAGCUUUGACUAAGGAGCAGAGGAUGGACAGACUGACUGGCAGCCAUUCAGUCAGUGACAUAAUCCAGCCUUCAAUAUGUGACAGAACAAAUGAGAUGGAGAACUCUGAAAUUAGUACUCAAGGACUUGAGACCAGUCAGCAGAGUCCACCAUAUUUACAUCAAUCAGAGGAACCCAGUUCUCACACUGAAGAACACAUGCAACUGGCAGGAGUUAUUGGGAAAGACAAAUCAAAAGAAUCCCUUUCAGAAACCAGAAGUGCUGGUGAAUCUCUCAUCCCACCCACAGCUCAGUCUGUGGCUCCUGGCACACAAGACAAAACAACUGGGAAAGGUAAAAAGAAGAAGGGGCAUCAACCACCCCAAGCUGAAAGUGCCAGUGUUCCUGAGUCAAAAUCUUUAAACGAUCAACAGCAACAACUUGAGUCUCCAGAAUCAGCACCCUUUGUGUCAGAAGACGCCUCACCUGAGUCUGAAUCACCUGCAGUCCCAGAGACAGAUGCAGGCACUGAGAGCUGCACAGAGGAAGAGGAUGCUGUUAGAGAGAGUCGAGAAAUUGUGUCGAGCAAAGAGGGAAUGACAUCCGUCACCAGUAAGGCAUCACUAAUGCGUCAGGAAUGCUUGGUGCAUGACCAGCGAAUUGUAGCUCUGGUCUCCAUGGUGAGACACAUUGAAGUCCGACUAAAGCAGCAGCAACAGCAGUCUGUAGGCCGCAGCCUCAUCGCCCUGGAUGACGUCAUCAGACAGACGGAGAUUCUGGGGCUUGAAUUGCGUGACUUGGAACCUGAGAUCACAAAGGAAGUGGAGGCUGCUGAGCAGCUCUUGAAGUCUCAACCUAAAGAUGUUCCUCUACAGCUCCUACUGGCUCUGGAGAAGGACGGACGUAGCUUGGCGCGAGGGUAUGAGGCUGGCAGAGCACUCUGUGAGGGCAUUCUGCAAAGUCUACAAAGCCACAGAGACUCAUCCAAGGAGGCAUUAACUGCUGAGCAGAAGUUGCUGGGAGGACGAGUGGAGAGUCUGCUGUCCUGGUUGAAGGAGUCAGAGGCUCAAAUGGAUGGAGGAAUGGCAAGGAUGGAGAAAAUGGAGAAAGCAGAUGACAGCUGUGAUCAGCUCACACAGCAGCUGAAUCUUUGCAAGGAGCUCCAGUCCUCUCUGAUGGCUCGCUCCAGUGAGGUCAGCAGUGUGGCCUUUGGCAUUCAGGAGUUCAUCUCAGAGCGAGCUCAGGACCUGGGCCCUGAGCAGAGCAGGCAGCUUCUGGGGCAGCUUCAGCAGCUCCAAAGGACCUUCCACAGAGCGUCUGGCCAAGCCCAGGCCUGGGCCGAAGCCCUCUCCACCCAAAUAGAGAGGGAGGAGGAGUGGCAGCGCAGGGAGCGGGUGAAGGAAGAAGAGAAGGACCGAGAAAGGCAGAGUGCAUGGGAGAGAGAGGUGGUCCAACAGCAGAAAGCCGAAUGUUCACAAAAGCUAGAAGGUCUCACAAUGUGGUUGGCCGGUACUGCCAGUUUGCUGGCCAGUCAGAAAGCUGGGCCAGAGUCAGGUGACGUUAACGUUCUGCAAGAAAAGCAGAAAAAACUAAAGGAAGUACAGAAAGACCUUCAGACUAAAAGUGAGGGCAUUGCUGAGGCCAUUCGCUCUGCUGAGGAUUUCCUGGCAGAGCGGGGAGAAAGUCUGAGCCGAGAGGAGAGGGAGAACCUCCAGGGGGCGCUAACAAGGAUGAAGGAGCAGUACAGCACCCUGACAGAUUCAGCAAACAUGUCACUGUCAGAGCUCGACACAGCCAUCAACACCACCGUACAGCAGAACACACAAAGGGCAAAGGCAGUGGAAGAACUCCAGGAGACACGAGGUCAGAUAGACUCCCUGCUGAAUGAGUUGUCCUCCCUUACGCAACCAGGUGGAAAAGGAGUUGCAUCUGCAUUGGGUCAAGAUGUCAGGGAUUCACCAUUGCCUGUACCAGAAGGCGCUGUCAUGUUGCACACAGAGAUGCUGCAGGCGGAGCUUCAGCAGCUCCAGGCUCAACAGGCACAGCUACUUCAGGUAACUCAGUCGACUCGCUCCCUUUUGGACCAACCUGACUUCACUGUUCCUCCUGAAGAGAAGCAGCGACUUCGCACUGCCCUGGACCAGCUGCAGGCCCAGCAUCAGGACAGACUGCGGAGCUGCCAGGACCGUCUGAGGAGGUCAGAGACUCUGAAAGAUGAGCUGAUGAAGUUCCUCCAAGAACACGGGAGUCUAGGUGCCUGGCUGGAACAGAACGAGCAGGAGCUCCGUUCCCUAGGGGAGGGAGAAACCGAUGCACAAGGACUUAAGGGCAGACUGGAGGAGCACAGAAAGCUCGCUGAAGAUGUCAUUUGCCACAAGGCGGACCUGCGUUUUGUCUCCAUCUCUGGUCAGAAGGUUCUGGACUCCAUUCAAGGAGCUCUGGAACAAGUUGGUGGUUCAGACCCAGCUCUGGACAGCACCAAGGAGGUGGUAACUGACAAGCUACAGGAUGCUAAUCACAGAUAUACAACCCUACACACAAAGUCAACAGAGUUGGGAGGGCGUUUGUCCAGCCUGUUGGAGAGGUACCAGCAGUACCAGGAUGAGGUCAUCUCCCUCCACUCCUGGCUCAGCACUCAGGAACAGAACCAAAGCAUUGCCAAACCCAGUGGGGAGACAGACCCACAAAACCUGCAGACCACACUACGACAAGUGCAGCUGCUGCAGGAUGAGCUGGCCGAGCACUUGGUGCAGCUGGAGAAGGUGAAGAGAGCAGGAAGAGAUCUGGUUAGCACAGAUGAAUCUCCUUCCUUAAAAGCUGUUGACAUCCUCUGUGCUGCAGAUGGUUUAGAGAAGAGGUUUGGUUCCCUCUCUGCGUCUGUCUCUGAUCGAGCUGAACAGCUUCAGACGGCUGUGGCCCAGUCUGUCAGUGUCCAGGAAGGCCUGAAGGGUCUGCUCAGCUGGCUGGACAAACUGGUUCUGAACCCUGGACCAGUGGAACCCACAGCACAGUCUGUACAAGACGCCCUUACCCAAAAUCAGAAACUUCGGCAGGAGCUGCUCUCCAGGCAGGGCAGUGUGGACGCGACACAGGACUCUGUUUCCAAACUCCUUCAGAGCUCUGACGCCUCCACAGCCCCUGGACUCCAGGGUGCUUUACAUGAACUGACACAACGCUAUGCUGCAGCACAUUCCAUCCAGGCUGAGAGAGAAGCCGAGCUCAAAGGGCUGUUGCCCAGACUGGAGAGCUACGAGCGACUCGGGACAGACCUCCAGGUCUUCACCCAGAGCCGACUGAAGACUCUGAGCCCGCUGGGCCAGCCUGACCGCAGCGUGGAUGACUACAGGCAAACCAUUGAGGAGGUCAGGGCAGAGCUGGACCAGGAAGCCGGCCAGCUGAAGUCCUUCUGCAGCCUCGGCACUGAGCUCGGCCAGUCUAAAGCCUUCAGCAACACUCAGAGCUUGUUGGACAAUGUCAAGCAGGUGUCUGACGAGUUCAGCCAGCUGGAAGCAAAUGUCAACGAAAGGUUUGCUGCCAUCCAGGCCUGUGAGCAGCAGCUGCUCCAGUUCCGCAGCCUCUCUGGCUCCCUCCUCAGGUGGCUUGAGACAGUACAGGACCAGCUGACCCCCAAAGAGGCCAACCUCAACACUGAGGGUCUGCAGAGAAGAGUUCAGCAGCUCAAGGACUUGUUGAGAGACUGGGAGUCACAGGGAUCCAGGGUUCAGGAGCUGAACAAGACGGGCUCCGAGCUGGAGUCCCUCAUCAUCGACAUCACUGCUCCUCAGACCAAAACUGGUGCUCCUCAAAUCAAUGGCUCAGCAGGUCCCAGCAGUGUCAAUGGCAUUCACACCUGUAAAGACCUGACAGAGCUCCAAGUAGCUGUAUCUGAUGUGAAUGGUCGAUAUGAGACUCUGGGCAGGGAGUUGAAGGAGCGUCUUGGUCGCCAGCAGGCCUCACUGGAGCUGAGGCAGAAAGCCAGACAGGGCACUGAGGAGCUCAAGAGCUGGCUGGCAGUUAAAGAGGACAGCCUGAAACAGGGACACACCACCUCCCCCUCCAAACCUGAGGUGGUACGUGCCCAGGCCCAGAAGAACAAGGCCCUGCUCUCAGAGCUGGCUGAACACUCUGGGAAGGUGGAGGAGCUGAAGAGCACGCUGAGGAAGCUGAUCGCUGACAACCCUGAUUCACCCGAGGCAGACACCUGGAGACAACAGCUGCAAGAGAUUGACUCACGCUGGCACACAGCCAAUCAGACUGCAGCCCAGAGGCAGACUGAGCUUGAGGCCGUCGCCGACAGGCUGGGCAGCUUUACCACAGCAGCCAAUCAGCUGGGCCCGUGGCUGAGGGAGAAGGAGCUGAUGAUGAGUGUGCUGGGACCGCUGAGCAUCGACCCCAACAUGCUCAACACACAAAGACAGCAAGUGCAGUUCAUGCUGCGUGAGUUUGAGACCCGGCGACCGCAGUUUGACCAGCUAACCCAGUCCGCCGAGGGCAUUCUCUCCCAAACUGGUGACUCUGCCCAGGACCCCAAGGACAUGGCGGAGGUGCAGGCUGAGCUGGAUUCUAUCUCACAGCAGUGGGAGGACCUAACAAACCGACUGACUCAGCGGUCAAAUCACAUCGACCAGGCCCAAGUAACCAGUGAACGGUACCAGGCCUUGCUGAGAGAACUCUCCUCCAGUGUUUCUGAUCUGAGUGAGCGGUUGGAUGCUCAGGCCUCGCUGAGUGCCCAGCCUGAGGCACUGAAACGUCGCCUUCAGGAGACUGGAGAGAUCCGCUCAGAGCUAGAGAGACGGAGGAGCGAGCUAGCCGAGGCUGAGAAGCUCUGCCAGGAGCUGAGCGCCAUUGUAGCUGAGCCCUACUUGAAGGAAGAGCUGAAGAAACGACUGGCGAGUGUCAGUGGGCCACUGAAGAGUUUGGAGGAGCGUGCCGCUGACGGCCUGUCUCAGCUCCAAGCUGCCCUUUCGUCCACCCAGCAGUUCCAGCAGAUGUUUGAGGAGCUGCGUUCCUGGCUUGACAAACAGUCAGAUCUCAGAGAAUCAUCCAGUGAUGCCCUGCCCUGCCAGCCAGAGGCCAUCCGCUCCCUGCUGGCACAGAUAGAUGAACUCCAGCGUGGCAUUGCCAGUCAGCGAGGUUCAUAUGAGCUCAUUCAAGCUGAGGGAGUGUCGCUGCUCGCCACUCUCCCAGCAGGCGGAGAUGAGCGGUCUGCCCUGCAGUCCCGCCUGACCUCUUUGCGACAGGACUGGGAGGGGUUAAACCAAAGAAUCUCAGAUCGACAGAGCAGACUUAAAACCACUCUGAGCAAAGCAGAAGCUUACCAGCAGCAUAAGGCUGACCUGAUACCAUGGUUAUCAGAGUGUGAAGAGAAAGAGGGAGAGAUCUAUCCAUCACUGGAUUCAUCUGCCCUGGAUGAAGCCCUGCAAAAGACCCGAGGUCUGUCACUGGACCUCGAAAGACGACAGCCCCUCCUUGACUCUUUCAAUACUGCAGCAGAUCAAUUGCUGGAGCAGUGCUGCAUCGGAGAGGAAGAGGUACGGGAUGAGAAGGCCCAGCUGAACCACAGACUGGACAGUCUGGGCGAGAGUCUUCAUAACCACUCCUCCCAGUUGGAGGAGCUGGCUGGCCGUCUCAAGGAGUUUGAGGAGGGUAGACAGGCUGUGGAGAGGAGGCUGGAGGCUGCCAAGCACCAGAUUGAAGUCCAGGAAGCUCUGGGACCUCAGGCAUGCAGCGCCAAGAGCCUAGAGAGGCUGAGAAGUCAGCAGGAGAGCCUGAGGUCCCUGCAGCCUCAGGUGGUCUACCUCCGAGACCUGGCCCAGGGGCUGGUGCAAGAUGCACCCCAGGCACCAGGAGGCAGCAGAGAGGGGGCACAGAGGCUUCAGGAGCAGGCAAAAGAAACAGAGAAAGAGUAUGAUGAUGUUACUGACAAGAUCGAACAUUACUGCUCCUCCCUGGAGUCUUGGCUGCAGGGCGUUGGCGAGGUCCAGUCUCACGUGCGUGAUGUCUUCUCACGCCUUGCUGACCUCGAUGAUGAACUGGACUCCCUCAGUCCUGUUGGACGUGAUGCGGACUCCUUGGCCUCCCAGGCGGACGCCCUGAAGGGCUUCCUCUCCCGUCUAGUCAACCUCAGAACGGAGCUGGAGGGUCAUGCGUCAGAGUGCACCAACAUGCUGCGACGAGAGGGCUCCUCCCCGGAUCUGCUGGCUCUCAGGAGGGAGACUGAAGCUCUGAGCCGCCAAGCAAACAAGUUGAGUGAGCGUGGCCAGGCCAGGCUGGACCAGAUUGAAGACGCUGCCGAGAGGGUGCGGGAGUUCUACAGGCUGGUGGCUGAGCUGCAAGGCCUGCUGGGAGGGGCUGAAGAGGGGCUGAACGCACAGGGCGUGGUAGGCACCGAGGUGGAGAUGAUCAAACAGCAGCUGCAGGAGUUUAAGGCUGUAGAGAGAGAGCAGGUGGACAGCAUUCAACCGAAGCUGCAGCACGUCAACGCAGUGGGUCAAGGUCUGAUCCAGAGUGCCGCCAAACACACUGACACCCAGGCACUGGAGCACGACCUGGAAACAACCAACCUCGGAUGGAACUCACUAAACAAGCGGGUGGCAGAGCGGAUUGCCCAGCUACAGGAGGCCCUGUUGCACUGUGGGAAAUUCCAGGAUGCCCUGGAGCCGCUGCUAAGCUGGCUGAAUGACACAGAGGAGCUGGUGGCCAAUCAGAAGCCUCCCUCUGCCGAGUACCGUGUUGUCAAAGCUCAGAUCCAGGAACAAAAGCUGCUCCAGAGGUUGUUAGAUGACCGCCGGCCAACAGUGGAGAUGAUCAGUGUUGAGGGCGAGAGGAUCGCAGCCACAGCCGACACCCAGGACCGAGACAAGAUCCAGACUCAGCUCCGGGGUCUGGCAGAGAGAUGGACUGACCUGCUGGACAAGGCCAGCGCCAGGCAGCGGCAGCUGGAAGAGCUGCGGGUUUUGGCUCUUCAGUUCCACGAGGCCCUGGAGCCGCUGGGCGAAUGGCUGAGCACCACCGAGAGACGCCUGAGCUCCGCUGAGCCCAUGGGAACCCAGACGGCCAAGAUCACCCAGCAGAUCAUCAAGCACAAGGCGCUCCAAGAGAAUGUGUCCUCACGAGAACCAGAGGUUGAGCACCUCGAGUCCCUUGGCCAAUCUCUGACCCCACUCAGCUGUGCAGCUGAUCGCAGUUGGUUAAGUGAGCGUGUGGGGACGGUGAGGUCGGGUCACUCGGAGCUCGCCGACUGGUGCUCCAGGCGGGCGGCUCUGCUGGAGCAGGCGCUGGCAAACGCUCAGCUGUUUGGGGAGGAGGAGGUUGAGGUGCUGAACUGGCUGGCAGAGGUGGCUCAGAGACUGGCUCAGGUCUCCGUCCAGAGCUACCAGCCUCAGCUGCUGACCGAGCAGCACAAACACACUCUGUCUCUAAAUGAAGAAAUCUUGAGCAGGAAGAAGACGGUGGACCAGGCCAUCAAGAAUGGACAAGCUUUACUCAAACAGACCACAGGUGAGGAGGUUCUCCUCAUCCAGGAGAAGCUGGAUGGCAUCAAGUCUCGCUAUGCUGAGAUGACAGCUGGUAGCAGCAAAGCCCUCCGCACCCUGGAGCAGGCCCUGCAGCUCGCCACACGAUUCGCCAGCGCGCAUGAUGACCUCAACCAGUGGCUGGACGGCGUGGAGGCAGAGCUUAACAGGGUGGAGCCGGAUGCAGCGCCUGCCUACCAGGAGAGACAGAAGGAGCUGAAGAAAGUAUCAGCAGAGAAGCGACUGGUGCUGGACACAGUAAAUGAGGUGGGCAGCGCACUGCUGGAUCUGGUGCCGUGGCGAGCCCGUGAAGGCCUGGACCGUCUGGUUGCCGAUGCCAACCAGCGUUAUCGCCAGGCUGAAGAAACCAUCACCCAGCGCGUGCAGCUGGUACAGGCCGCCAUCCAGAGGUCACAACAGUAUGAGGAGGCAGUGGAUGCGGAGCUGGCCUGGGUGGGGGAGACAGAGCGUAAGUUGACGUCUCUGGGGCCUCUGAGCCUGGAGCCGGAUGUGACCGUGGCCCAGCUGCAGGUGCAGAGGGCUUUCAACAUCGACAUCAUUCGACACAGAGACGCUGUGGAUCAGCUCCUCGGCACCAGAGACGACAUCCUGGAAGCUUGCAGUGAUGCCCAGAAGGAUGCACUGAUGAUAAAGACAGACUCUCUGAGCGCUCGAUACGAUGCAGUGAGUCAGAGCCACAGUGAGCGGUUCUCAGCUCUGGAGCAGGCUCAGGUUCUGGUGGCUCGGUUCUGGGAAACCUGUGAGGAACUUGAGCCGUGGCUGGGCGAGACUGAAACUCUCAUCACCCAGCUGCCGCCACCAGCCAUAGACACAGACACUCUCCGACUACAACAAGACCAGAUGAGGCUGCUCAGGGAGUCGAUCGCAGAGCACAAGCCCCACAUUGACAAGCUGCUGAAGAUUGGACCCCAGUUGGCCGAGCUCAGCCUCCAGGAGGGGGCGAAGGUGACGCAGCGCUACACUGAGGCUGAGAGACGCUACCUGGCCAUCAAAGGGGAGGUGAAAGGUCGUGCUACUGCGUUGGACGAGGCGGUUUCCCAGUCUGCACAGCUUUUAGAGUUUCAUGACAAGAUGGACCCCCUGUUGGAGACCCUGGAGGGGGCGGUGCAGCGGCUGCGGCUGGCCGUGGCAGCAGAGGGGGAGAAGAUCAGGGAGCAGCUCGCGGAGCACCGAGCCCAGGGGCUGGAGCUGGACAAACUGCUGCCCAGCUUCUCCGCCCUCUGUGCCCGAGGAGAGGAGCUCAUCGGACGAGCUGCUCACGAUGAUCCUGCCGCUCAGGCCGUUCGUUCCCGCCUCCUGCGCCUUCGUUCUCUGUGGGAUGAGAUCCGGCAGCGGGCGGAGGACAGGGAAGGGAAACUGAAUGACGUUCUAGACCUGGCUGGGAAGUUCUGGGCCGACGUGGCAGCGCUAAUGAGCACGCUCCGAGACUCCCAGGAUAUUGUGAGAGAGCUGGAGGACCCUGGUGUGGACCCCUCGCUCAUCAAGCAACAGAUUGAGGCUGCUGAGGCCAUUAAGGCAGAGACGGACGGCUUGAGAGAGGAGCUGGAGUUUGUCAGAACCCUCGGGGCUGACCUCAUCUUUGCCUGUGGAGAAACGGAGAAACCUGAGGUCAAGAAGACCAUUGAUGAGAUGAACGUUGCCUGGGAGGGCUUGAACCGAACCUGGAGAGAAAGGAUGGAGAGACUGGAGGAGGCAAUGACGGCCUCUGUGCAGUAUCAGGAUGCGCUGCAGUCCAUGUUUGACUAUCUGGACAACGCAGUGAUCAAACUCUGUGAAAUGUCAGCAGUGGGAACUGACCUGGGAACUGUCAAACAGCAGAUUGAAGAGCUCAAGCAGUACAAGGUGGAGGUUUACCAGCAGCAGAUUGACAUGGAGAAGCUGUGCCACCAGGGGGAGCUGCUCUUAAAGAAAGUAUCAGACCAGACAGAUAGAGAUAUGAUCAAGGAACCGCUGACUGAGCUCCGACACCUCUGGGACAACCUGGGGGAUAAAAUCACCCAGAGACAGCACAAGCUGGAGGCUGCCCUGCUGGCUCUGGGUCAGUUCCAGCAUGCCCUGUCUGAGCUUCAGGCCUGGCUGAACCACACACACACCACCCUGGACACACAGCGACCUGUUAGCUCUGACCCCAAGGCCAUCGAAAUCGAGCUGGCUAAACACCACGUUUUGCGUAAUGAUGUGCUGUCCCAUCACGCCACCGUGGAGACUGUGAACAGUGCUGCCACUGAGCUGCUGGAGUCCUCUCCUGGCGACGAGGCCAGCCACCUGAGGGAUCAUCUGGAUCAGCUCAACCAGAGCUGGGAGAGUCUAUUGCUCAAGACCCAGGAGCGACAGAAACUACUGGAGGCCGCCCUCCACCAGGCUGAAGGUUUCCAUGGUGAGUUGGAGGAGUUUCUCCAGUGGCUGAGGAGGACUGAGAGCCAGCUGUCUGCUGCCAAACCAACAGGCGGUCUCCCCGAAACUGCCAGGGAGCAGCUACAGCAACACAUGGAGCUGCAGGCUCAGCUCUCUCAGCGAGCAGACCAGUACCACCACCUACUGGACCAGGGAGAGUCCACGCUGGUGGCUCGGGGAGGAGAGGAAGCGGGACCCGGCACCACGCAGACGCAGCAGAACCUGGCCAUGCUUCAGAACAAGUGGGCCAGCCUCAACGCCAAGAUGGACGACCGCAGGGCAAAGCUGGAAGAGGCUGUUGCCUUGGCAACAGGUUUCCAGACUUCUCUGCAGGACACCAUCAACUGGCUGACUCAGGCUGAGCAGACCCUGAACAUGGCCCAGCCCCCAAGCCUCAUCCUGGACACCGUUCUCUUCCAGAUUGACGAGCACAAGGUGUUUGUGAAUGAGGUGAACACCCACAGGGAGCAGGUCCUUGCCCUGGAGAAAGCUGGUUCUCAGCUUCGCUUUGCCAGUCUGAAGCAGGACGUUGUUCUCAUUAAGAACCUGCUGCUCAGCGUCCAGGCUCGCUGGGACAAGCUGGUCCAGAGAUCCCUGGACCGAGGCCGACACCUCGAUGAGGCCCGCAAACGAGCCAAACAGUUCCAUGAGGCCUGGAGGAAGCUGACUGACUGGCUAGAAGAAGCAGAGAAACGACUGGACUCAGAGCUGGAGAUCUCCAACGAACCAGACAAGAUCAAAGUACAACUGGCCAAGCACAAGGAGUUUCAGAAAGCGCUGGGAUCAAAGCAGCCAGUUUAUGACACUACAGUGAGGUCUGGUAAGGCCAUGAGGGACAAGGCUCAGCUGCCUGCAGACACCCAGAAACUGGAUCACCUGGUAGGAGAAGUUCGUGACAAGUGGGACACCGUCUGUGGCAAGAGUGUGGAGAGACAACACAAGCUGGAGGAAGCUCUGCUGUUUUCAGGCCAGUUUGCAGAAGCUCUCCAGGCCCUUGUUGACUGGUUGUACCGAGUUGAGCCACAGCUGGCUGAGGAUCAGCCCGUCCAUGGAGACCUGGAUCUGGUGUCCAACCUCAUGGACUCACACAAGGCCUUCCAAAAAGAGCUGGGUAAGAGAACAGGCAACGUUCAGGCUCUGAAGCGUUCAGCUCGAGAUCUGAUGGAGACCGGCCGCGAUGACACGGCAUGGGUCAAAGUUCAGCUUCAGGAGCUCAGCAACCGCUGGGAUACAGUGUGCGCCCUGUCAGUCACCAAACAGACCCGCCUCCAGCAGGCGCUCAAACAGGCGGAGGAGUUUCGUACAGCAGUGCAGGUGAUUCUGGAGUGGCUCUCGGAGGCGGAGCAGACACUUCGUUUCCGCGGCGUCCUCCCCGAAGAGGCGGAGACUCUGCAGGUGCUGCUGCACACACAUCGUGACUUCAUGGGCACAGUGGAGGAAAAGAGGGUGGAUGUCAACAAGGCUGCUGGUAUGGGGGAGGCCAUCCUGACUGUGUGUCACCCUGACUCCAUCACCACCAUCAAACACUGGAUCACCAUCAUCAGGGCGCGUUUCGAGGAGGUGCUGACAUGGGCGAAACAGCACGAACAGCGGCUGGAGACGGCUCUGACUGAGGUGCUCAACAAUGCUAACCUGCUGGAGGAGCUGUUGUCAUGGCUACAGUGGGCUGAGACCACUUUGGUCCAAAGAGACACAGAGCCACUUCCUCAGGACAUCACACAACUCAAAUCACUCAUCACCGAGCACCAGAUGUUUAUGGAGGAGAUGACGAGGAAACAGCCGGAUGUUGACAAAGUGACGAAGCCCUACAAAAGGAAGCCAGCUGAGGCUCCCAGCAGCCUGGCUGAGAGGAGAGGAGCUCGUAAACACCAGCAGCAGCAGCAGGCGACCAUGCAGGUUUCUGGAGGAAACCCACGACUCAACCAGCUCUGCGCCAGGUGGCAGCAGGUUUGGCUGCUGGCUCUCGACCGCCAGCGCAAACUCAACGAUGCUCUGGACAGGCUGGAGGAGCUCAGAGAGUUUGCCAACUUUGACUUUGAUGUGUGGAGGAAGAAGUACAUGCGCUGGAUGAACCACAAGAAGUCUCGCGUCAUGGACUUCUUCAGGCGCAUUGACAAAGACCAAGAUGGAAAGAUCACGCGGCAGGAGUUCAUUGAUGGCAUCCUGGCAUCAAAGUUUCCCACCAGUAAACUGGAGAUGACUGCGGUGGCAGACAUCUUCGACAGAGAUGGAGACGGUUACAUUGACUACUAUGAGUUUGUCGCUGCUCUGCAUCCCAACAAGGAUGCUUACAGACCAACCACCGAUGCAGAUAAAAUAGAGGACGAGGUGACUCGGCAGGUGGCCCAGUGUAAAUGUGCCAAGAGGUUCCAGGUGGAGCAGAUAGGAGAGAACAAAUACCGGUUCGGUGACUCUCAGCAGCUGCGUCUGGUGAGGAUUUUGCGCAGCACGGUGAUGGUGAGAGUCGGAGGCGGCUGGAUGGCUCUGGAUGAGUUUCUGGUCAAGAACGAUCCGUGCAGAGCUCGUGGUCGUACCAACCUGGAGCUGAGGGAGAAGUUCAUCCUUCCCGAAGGAGCGUCUCAGGGUCUGGCCGCCUUCCGCUCUCGGGGUCGACGCUCCAAACCGGGCUCACGCAACGCCUCCCCCACCCGCUCCUCCUCCUCGCCCGCCCCGGCAACCCCGACAGCCUCCGCAUCAUCUAGGUCCUCCCAUAAUCACUCACGUGACUAUGCCAAGCCCUGGCUGACACACAGUAAAAGUCCAACGCCAACCAAGUGCCACUGCUGCCCAGAUCUCGGUCACAGCCACAGCACUCCUGGGCACGAGGGGGCGACGUCAGCCUCCAAACUGAAGAGACCGCCCCUCCACUCAAGCAGAGGAUCCCUGAGCGGAGAGAACGGAGGGCACACCAGCAAACCAGGGCGAACUGACCCAAAGCGAGGGGCGGCCACUGCCAGCGGUCCAACCAGCCGAGCCGGCAGCCGGGCGGGCAGCGGAGGCAGCAGUCGCCGCGGCAGCGAUGCCUCAGACGCAUCAGAGCUCCAGGACGCUCACUCCGUCUGCUCCGACACCUCAGACACCCCGAGACGACCUGGUGCUGGGGCCAAACCCUCCAAGAUCCCCACCAUCUCCAAGAAGACCCCCAGUCCAAAGACCCCAGGGUCUGCAAAGAAGUAACACCACCCACAAAGAAACCAGAGCUGAACCGUUACUACUCCAUUUCACAGGAGGAGGACCGCUGUUGUCGGCCAUCUUGGGUGUACCAGCUCUUUGAUCUGAACAUCCAUCCACAGCGCUGAUAUUUAUUAAGGGAAAGAAGGAGAUGGAUAAGAUGAGUGAAUCUCCUUCUCACUCUUUCACCAGUCUCCUAAACCGACUGGAAACAUGCACCAGAGAAGAAGAGUUCUGGCCUGGCAGUCCCAGGUCAGACUGUGUGGGUUCCCCUUUAAGAAGUAACCCCAGGUUGCCUUCCAGUCUCCUGCUUUGUCUUUCCGACGUUCCCCACCAGCAUGGAACCAAACACCGACUGACUUGACGUGAUGCUGCCUUACUCUGUGCUGCACACUUUUGUCCCAGUCAGACAGAGCAACAGAGAAAGUCUGUAAACUGCUUUAUACCACACAGACACACAAAUACACAGUUUAACACAGGCGGGAUAGGGAGUGAGACACCACCACCACGGCUGCAAAAACAAAAAAGGCUCAAAUGGCAUUCAGGAAAAAA